AUGUUUCACUUCGUGCGCUGCAGUCGGCUGGCGCACGGCUCGGACCGAUUACUGCGAGCACGAUAUAACGUUAUUAAGUCAGGAGAGCUGCUGCUCCAGCACAGCCGAUCUAAACAGCACUCACUUCAAUGGACCAAGGCUCCAACCGCACACUCCACAAGCAGUACAGUCAUACGACUGUGGGGUCAAGCCCACAGAGUGCUGAGAUUGGCUGUCCGACGAGACCCUAGGUCCCCAAAAGUGGCUCUGACGUUGCUGGUGGGGCCGGCUGCAUUAACAGUCACUGCACGACUGUUGGGUGGUGUAGCUUACUGUCAAGCUGAUUUCAACAAUAACCUUUCUGCUGAAGUCCAAGCGAAGGAGAAGGGGCCGGAAUUCAGCUGGGCUGUCCUCUGGGAGUUUGUCCGGCCACAGCUCCUUGCCCUCAUAGGGGCCAUUAUUCUUGCAUUUGGUGCAGCAGCUCUGAACAUCCAGAUUCCGCUGAUGCUGGGUGAAUUGGUGAAUGUCGUAGCUCAACACCUGAGGGAACAUGCUGGAAAUUACAUGAGGGAUAUUCGAGCGCCUGCACUCAAGUUGCUGGGCCUGUACGGUCUACAGGGUCUGCUGACCAGUGGGUACAUCAUCCUCCUGUCCAGAGUUGGUGAGAGAGUGGCUGCUGACAUGAGAAAAACUCUGUUCACAUCGUUGCUGAGACAAGAUGUUGCAUUCUUUGAUGCCAAUAAGACAGGGCAGCUAGUUAACCGCCUCACUGCUGACAUUCAGGAGUUCAAAUCCUCCUUCAAGCUGGUGAUCUCUCAGGGUUUGAGGAGCAUUACGCAGACGAUUGGCUGCUUUGUGUCUCUGUACGUCAUCUCUCCGAAGUUGACGGGCUUGACAGUGGUGGUGCUGCCGUGCCUCGUGGGUGCGGGUGCUCUCAUCGGCUCUUUUCUGCGCAGACUUUCACGAAAAGCCCAGGAGCAGAUUUCUAAAGCUACAGGAGUGGCAGACGAGGCCCUUGGCAAUGUCCGAACAGUGAGAGCCUUCGCCAUGGAGGACAGAGAACUGGAGAUGUAUGCCACAGAGGUGGAGAAGUCUGCUGCAAUGAAUGAAGCUUUAGGGACAGGAAUCGCGGUGUUCCAAGGCCUGUCGAACAUUGUAUUAAACUGCAUAGUCCUAGGCACUAUUUUUGCUGGUGGGUCCUUGAUGGCACAUAACGACAUGUCUCCAGGUGACCUAAUGUCAUUUUUGGUUGCGUCCCAAACAGUUCAAAGAUCCUUGGCCAGCAUCUCAAUUCUGUUUGGGCAGAUGGUGAGAGGCAUUAGUGCAGGAGCUCGCGUUUUUGAGUAUCUGGCUCUUGAACCAACCAUUCCUCUGACGGGAGGGGGUCGUAUCCCUCACAAGUCUUUGACUGGACGAGUGGACUUCAUGAACAUCAACUUCAGCUAUCCAACCAGACCUGGUAAUCAGAUCCUGAAGAACUUCAGCCUGACUUUACCUCCAUGCAAAACUGUCGCUAUAGUUGGAGAAUCUGGUGGAGGUAAAUCCACUGUGGCAGCACUGCUGGAACGCUUCUAUGACCCAAGCGGUGGAGUGAUAAUGUUGGAUGGCCUGGACAUCAGAACGCUGGACCCCUCUUGGCUAAGAGGACAUGUGAUUGGAUUCAUUAGUCAGGAGCCUGUGUUGUUUGGCACUUCAGUCAUGGAGAAUAUCCGCUUUGGAAAGCCUGGUGCCGCAGAUGCUGAGGUGGUGGCCGCUGCCAAACAGGCCAAUGCUCACACCUUCAUCACAGGCUUCCCAGAUGGCUACAACACUGUGGUGGGUGAACGUGGUGUGACUCUGUCAGGAGGUCAAAAGCAGAGGAUUGCCAUUGCUCGCGCCCUCAUUAAAAACCCCAGCAUCCUGAUCCUGGAUGAGGCCACAAGUGCAUUGGAUGCUGAGUCGGAACGCGUGGUCCAGGAGGCGCUGGACAGAGCCACCACAGGACGUACCGUCCUCAUUAUUGCUCACCGUCUCAGCACCAUCCAAGGGGCUGACCUUAUCUGCGUCAUGAGCAAUGGCAGAGUGGUGGAGGCUGGAACACACCUGGAAUUACUGAGCAAAGGCGGUCUGUAUGCUGAGCUAAUAAGAAGACAAAGAUCUAAUGGCCAACAGUGAAUCAAUGACGAAGAGCUGUGGAGUCCAAAGCACCAUUACUGUGGUUUUGUUUAAUGUUUACUGGAUGUAAAUGAUAUCUUUAAAUUACAUUUGACUUUAAACUCUAAUGUUUGUAUACCAUUUGUUAACAGCGUGCUUCACACUGCUUAUAGAUCAAUGCUUUGUGAAAGUAUGAACUCAGGAUUGGAUUAGGCUUGUGUUUGGAAUGGACGUUAUUCCUAAGCAUUACAGAGUAUUUUGUCUCCAGACUGCAAGUAUUUUAACGAAUAUUUUUUUAAAAUUUUUCAAUUCAAAUGUAGCGUUUCCUUACACGUGUGUGUACAUCACUGUAUAGUAAUUAUUAAGUGUAUGAAUGUUUUACUGUGAUAUAAAGAAUUUGUGAAUGACCAUACAGAGGAGUUGAGAUGUACAUUUGAUGUAACUGGAGUACUAGGAAUAAAUAAAUUAAAUUAUUA